GUAAGAUGUGAUAUACUGAUAUCUAGAGAGAUAACUUAAUCUAUCUAUUGAAGUAAAGCAUUUAAAUACGUAUACAAUGUUAUUGGAACAUUAAAUAUCUAUUUGAUCAGAAUCUGUGAACCUCUAAAACCACAAUGAAUACAAAUGCAAGUUUGUCAUUGUAAACAUUGCAUCGAUGGUGUAUCACAAGUGUUGCUCGAAAACAUCAAGUUAAAAUUGAAGCACCAUGAGUUUCUCUAUGGCUUGGUUUACCAACACUCACCAUCAGUUGGUGCGGCAAGUUAUGAACUAGCUGGCUAGUUUUUAGCUUCCUUGGUUUUAGAAGCACCAUGAAGAUUCAGGCCCAAAUCUUGCUUAUAAUACCCGAAUACCCAAGAUCCUAGCACCUUGCCCUGAAUGGUCGAGGAUAUUUGUUAUGGCUGUUCAGAUUUUAUGCAUCCAUAUUUGGUAGAAUUCUUUAAUAAAGUACAUGCUAUUAGAUGGAAGUUCUCUUUAAAUCUAUUCAAGUCUGAAUAAACUGAUAUUCCAAUUUUCAUGACUUUGAUGUGCUCUUACUCUGCUGCUGUUCCUGACUUUAUUUUUAGGGUCUAUUCUAACAUGCAAUAUUAUUUAUUUAUUUAUUGUCAUGAUAGAAGUGAUUUUUUUGGUUGGCCAUAACCCCAUGGAUGCCAAUAAUUGGAGGCCCACUGCCCCAGGCGGAGAACCUGUCAUUGACACGGGUGAUUGGAGAAUUCAAUUGCAGCCUGACUCACGGAAAAGAAUAGUCGACAAAAUAAUAGAGAUAUUAAAGAGGCAUCUUCCGUUUUCUGGUCAAGAGGGAUUACAAGAACUCAAGAAAAUUGUUGUACGGUUUGAGGAAAAGAUUUAUACUGCCGCCACCAAUCAGUCUGAUUAUCUGCGUAAAAUAUCUCUGAAAAUGCUUACAAUGGAGACCAGGUCUCAAAAUACCAUACCCACUGGCAAUGGAAUAUCUGCAGAUGGCCAUUCCCAAAGCGAAAACUAAUCUUCCCUAGAAUUACAAGGUGCCAUUUCUACAGUGAGACACUGAACAGUGAAAGAGUGUUUUGUUUUGGUUGUUUUGUUGCUGAUAACUUGAUCUUUUAAAUCUUUUCCCUGUACUUUUACAUUAUGCAAUAAUCUGGUCCCUUCAUUA